AUGGGUUGGAUAAAGGGAGAGGGUGAGAUAGAGGACUCGUACAAAAUAAGCAAAAUAGCUGCCCAUGUACCUGAUCUUGUUGUCUACAGCACCCUCACCAACGAUAUCCCCUACGCAGAGAACUUUCAUGGAGUCCUUCUCUUCGCGGAUGUCUCAGGCUUCACUAAUCUGACUGAGAAAUUCAGUUUGAGUAGCAAGAAAGGCUAUGGAGCAGACGAGUUGACACGCACGCUCAACAGCUACAUUGGGGAAAUAGUCAGUCAUAUCCUUGAUGCUGGGGGAGAUAUUCUGAAUUAUGCAGGCGAUGCCAUCUUGGCUCUAUGGACUGUGGAGAGAGUCCAGCUCAGUGAAGUAAUCUCCCUGGUAGUCAAAUGCAGCCUCAACAUCCAGGACCAGUGUGGAGUCCGGGAGACGGAAGUGGGCUGUCAGCUAAAAGUUAAAAUAGGUAUAUCUGCUGGGAAGCUCUCCAAGGUGAUCGUAGGAGACGAGAUCAGUCAGUACUUUGUGGUGAUUGGCCGGGCGGUAGACGAGGUGCGGCUGGCAGAGGGUUUGGCGGUGGCCAGCACAAUCAUCUUGUCACCUAACGCCUGGGAACUAUGUGAGAGGGACAACAUUGCCAUUGACCCCAUAGAGAACGAGAGAGCCGUGAAGGUGCGAUACAUCAAGAGAGAGCCCAGUUUCUCUGUUGAGAAGUACCAGGAUUCAAUAGGAAUGUCUGUAGAGCAUGAAAAAGUGACAAGAGAUUGUGUGAGGAGAGCAUCUCGACUGAUGCCAAACGCCGAGCUUGAGAAAACUUUAAGGAAGUACAUCAUGAAAACGGUUUUGCAGAAGAUAGAUGACGACCAGCCUCUGGAGUAUCUUUCUGAGAUGCGUCCGGCCACCAUAGUGUUUGUCAACAUGCAGUUCAAGGGAGGAGAGAGUGACCAGGAGCAGUGUAAGACCAUCCACCAGGCUGCCAUUGGCAUCGGUCACCAGAUAGUCGAGCACCACGGGAGGGUCAAUAAAGUGUUCAUGUUCGACAAGGGCUGUACUUUCCUCUGUCUGUUUGGGCUCCCUGGGGACAAGCGGGAGGAUGAGAGUGCCCACGCCUUACAGGCUGCCUAUGGAGUACAUGACCUUUGCCAGAAAGAGAUCCGCAGCCUCAAGACUGUCUCUGUUGGAGUAACCACAGGUCCAGUGUUCUGUGGUGUAGUAGGACAUCCAGUGAGGCAUGAAUACACAGUGAUUGGUCGUAAGGUGAACCUGGCGGCACGGCUGAUGAUGCACUACCCCGGGGUGGUGUCAUGUGACAGCGAGACUUGCUACUACUCAAAACUGCCCGCGUUUUAUUUUAACGAACUGCCCAAGAAAGCCAUGAAGGGAGUCAAGAACCCUGGAGUCCUUUAUCAGUUCAUGGCCAAUAAACAGCAGAUAACUGUUGGUAAAGCACCUAUGUCCAUUGAGAGAGAGGAGGGAUAUCCUCUUUUGGGCCGAGAGAAAGAAAUUGAAGUGUACUCCAGCAUGCUGAAGGGGUUCUUGGAGGCCAGGGCUGCAGGUCACAAGAACUACAACAAUGUUUUGAUUUACGAGGGACCUAUCGGCUAUGGCAAGAGCCGCCUGCUGGCUGAGGUGGUAUACAGAACAGCCAAGGAGGGAGUCAGAGUGAUCUCUUUUGAGCUGGCCAAGACGGACAUCAAGCAGUCCAACUACGCCCUCCAGACCCUACUGGCCAUCGUCAUGUCAGUUCAGAACUGUAAGAGCUACGCAGAGCGAGAGAGAGUCCUCCUCUCCAAGAUCCUAGACCCAAAGAUGAGGCAGAACCUCUGCCUUCUCAAUGAUAUCCUGUUAGUCAAGUUUCCUGUGUCGAAGGAUGUGUCACUCAUGGACAGUCAAACGAAGAACAAGAAGAUGAGGAAAUACUUUCUGGAGUUGUUUUGCAAGUUUGCUGAGGACGAGCCGUGCGUGUACGUGUUGGACCAGGCUCACUUUGUGGAUCGAUCCUCAUUGACCUUCCUGCUCGAAGCAUGUGAAAAAGCCUCGGUUCUGGUGUGUAUGGCCCUUCUCCCACACACCAGUCAGAGCGGGCCCUUCUCGGAGCUUAGCCGCAUCAUCAAGGACCCCCGGACCCUCUACCUUAACCUGCCUGGGUUGGAGCCCCCCGUCAUCGCCCAGCUAGCCUGCCAGAUCCUGGGGGUGGUCCGCAUCCCUAGCGAGGUGGAGCUGUUCCUGGUGGAGAGAAGCCAUGGAGUUCCAUACUACUGUGAGGAGCUCUUGAAGAGUCUGUAUCUGGGAAAUCUGAUCGUGAUCGAGGAGGUGGAGGGGGAGGAUGAGGCUAAAGACGUAGACAUCCUGUUCCCUGAGCCCACCCUGGUGGUACACUGCUCCAAACCCAGCCAGGUGGGGCAAGAGGAGGACGCCAGGGCCGGAGCGCUGGGUCCACCCAAGGCAUCCAUGUUGAAAUCCCGCAAGAUCACAGCCCUGGACCAUUUUGUUGACCGUGCUUUGGUCUGUUUUGUCGGAGAAGCUGCCAAAUUCCACGAAGUUCCCAUCCCUCUGACAUUGAAAGGCAUGGCCCUGGCCCACCUAGACCACCUGCAGCCGGCCGACCAGAUGGUGGUGAAGUGUGCUGCCAUCAUUGGCCAAACCAUCACCACGCAGAUGCUCAUCAACAUCCUGCCAGAGUCAGAAAACCCCGACAAGCUCAACCUGUCGCUCACCUCCCUGUUCAAGUCGGGCACGUUUGAGUGCGGCUCCAAGCCCAAGCAGUUCACCCAGCAACUCACCAAAGAGUCAGAGUGCUGGGAUGCACUCAACUGCUACUGUGUCCAGGACAGCCAAGAAGAUGUCCGUGAAGAAGUGUCAGGCAAGGCGUCUGUGGACGGCGCGUGGCGCUGCAGGGUGAUGCGUUUCUGUACGGCCCUGGUCAAGGAGACGGCCUACGACCUGUGGCUGAAGGAGCAGAAGAGAGAGAUCCACCAGAAGUGUGCCAGCUACCUCCUCAAGCAGGCCCACCGCUGCAGGGACUGUGGCAUUGCCGAGUUCAUCUUCGGCCACAAGGCGGCAAUAGGGAACAACCUGAUCGAGAUCCACCCGAGUUUGCUCAACGUACAAGAGUCUGGGGAGGCCCUGUUCCUGGGCCAAAGUACACUGGGGCUCCCCAAGGAGACUAUACAACUGAACCAGGUCAGCCCUUUGCAUCCCAACAGUGAGGAGGACGAGUUCUUGUUGAAACUAGAUUCUAUGGUGAAUGAGUUCAACACCACAGUGGACAGAACCAGGAAGUGUAGGUGUGCCCAGGUGACGGAGUGUGUGCUGUGCCCCAUGGUGCGCCACUGCACAGGCGUGGGCGACGUGCCCAAAACCUUUUAUUACCUGCUAGAGACCGCCGCAGCAUCGGCUUACCUCUCCAACAACCUCAAGGCCCUGUCCUAUUUAAACGAAGCCAAGAUCAUACUGGAUAAUCUGAAAGUGGGCAAGCCAGCCUUUGAGACUGCCGACCCGAAAGUCAAAGUGAAAAUCAACAACUUUGAGAGAGCCUGUAUUUUCCGUCUCAGAGGAGAGGUGUUGUACAACACAGGCCAAAUGGAGGAGGCUGAGAGCAUGUUUUCCAGCGCCCUACGGCUCCUGAACAGACGUCUCCCUACGAACCGCGUGGCCAUGUCCCUGAAGUACGUCUGUGAGAAGAUGAAGAGUCUGUGCUACAGAUUCAAGAACCCUGACAACCCUGGAGAGAAGAAGCUGGCGUUCCUCCACGAGCAGAUCUGCUGUCUGUCGUACAUGUGGCAGAUCGGCUGCAUGAGGAGAGCUCCCAAGAACAUGCUCAACGCAUCGCUGGCCAUCACUAUGGAGAUGAACUCAGCCCAGAAGAGUGCAGAGGAGACCAAGAUCAUCUUCUCGUGCAUCGACUACCUCCAGUAUUGUCAGCUGAAUGGCCAGGACGACCGGUGUAAGAUCUAUGAGAGGAUGCUGUGUGGAACCUGUGUUGAGCUGCCUGACUGCAUGGAGGGCCUGAUCCUCACCAGCUACUUCAUACGCUCCCUCUCCAUCGUCAAGCUCUGCUCCGGAGCCCUGCACGACUCCAUCCAGUAUGGUCUCCGAGCAGAGCAGAUCAGCAAGCUGACGAACCGCCGGGGCCUGGACAUGUAUGAGGAGUGUGUCCAGCUGAUGCAGAGUCUGGAGUACCUGGGAAACAGGACCCGCAUCAGCACGGCUAAAGGCUGGUUCUAUGCAGGCUGCUUUGACUUCCUGCUCUACUCAGGCUUUGCCUUCCGUCCGUUUGAGGAGUGCUACACCUUUGUGGAGGAGUCCCAGUCAGACCCUAACCUGGUGGCUGACAAGAGUCUGAUGAUGAACCUCUACUCUGCUCUGGCUCUGUGGUAUGCCCGUCUGUGUGAGUGGGAGAAGGCCUGUUUCUUCUACACCAAGGCCUGUGGAGUGACCCGACAGGCUCCCUCAUCCAUCCACUCCAUCAACGGCGUGGUCAUGUUCCUGGAGUGCCAUGUGCUGCUGUUCAGAAAGGCCCUGGUGGAGCACAACCAACACAUCAAAGCCAUCUACCAGAGCACACAGAAGCACUUCACAGAGUUCAACCGGAAGUACUCGACCAGCAAGAUGUACUUGCCCCGGGUGCUGCACCUCAGAGCUUACAUGUACGUGCUGGCGGGCCACGAGGCUCUGGCCAACGCCAUCCUCAACAAGGCUUUAAAGCUGUGUCAGCAGCACGGCAACAAGCUGGAAGAGAGCUGGAUCACACAGAACCAGAUUUCGUGGUUCGGCGUGUUCAGGCAGAGUACCAGCAACUGGUUCGAUUCCACUUUGACCAUGCCCAGCUGGGAGGAGGCUAGGGGGAUGGACCCAGAGGAGCUGGCCCAUACCCGCUACACCCUAGUGGGUGUUGGGGGCGAGAUCUGGGCUGACAACUCCAGCCUGCACCUCGCCCCAAAGGCAGAGGACACCCAGCUCCUCAAAGGCCAAGAAUAGGGACCCGGUUCCUUUAUUGAGAGUGUGGAGAACACUGUAUAUAGGGAAAGCUAUUGGAGCAGAUAGGAAGGAA